GCUACCUCCUGCCCUGCCCUGGCGACGAGUGUGCGAGUACUAGGUAUAUAGAUCCCUCCACUCCUCCUGCCCCAAGCUCCUCAUCCGCUCUUGCUCCUUGUGUGCACUUUCCCUUCUGGCAACUCGUGAUCACGACUCGGGCCAUACCGCGACUCAAAGAGCUCCUUGACUUAUCUCAGUGUACUCUCACUCAUCACUCCACGUACACACAGCUCGCCGCAAUGGGUGCCAACGAAGCCCCUGCUUCCACCUACCGCUAUGACGAAAGGCCCGUCUACACCACCUCCAAUGGCGCUCCCGUCAACAACCCCUCGGGCUGGCAGCGUACCGGCGCCAUGGGGCCCCUCCUCCUCCAGGACUUCCAUUUGAUCGACCAGCUUGCGCACUUUGACCGCGAGCGCAUCCCUGAGCGAGUGGUCCACGCCAAGGGUGCUGGUGCCUACGGUGAAUUCGAGGUGACUCAUGAUAUCACCGACAUCACCUCCAUCGACAUGUUCAACAAGGUCGGCAAGAAGACCAAGUGCGUCACUCGCUUCUCGACCGUGGGCGGCGAGAAGGGCUCGCCCGACUCCGCCCGCGACCCUCGAGGCUUCUCCACCAAGUUUUACACCGAUGAGGGCAACUGGGAUUGGGUCUACAAUAACACGCCCAUCUUUUUCAUUCGGGAUCCCACCAAUUUCCCCAUCUUCAUCCACACCCAGAAGCGCAACCCCCAGACCAACCUCAAGGAUGCCACCAUGUAUUGGGACUACCUCUCCACUCAUCAGGAGUCCAUCCACCAGGUCAUGCAGCUCUUUUCGGACCGCGGCACGCCCUACUCUUACCGCCACAUAAACGCCUAUUCUGGACACACCCAUAAGUGGACCAAGCCCGACGGCUCCUUCGUGUACACCCAGGUCCACCUCAAGACGGACCAGGGAAACAAGACAAUGACGAAUGCUGAGGCCGGCAAGAUGGCCUCUGAGAACCCCGACUGGCACACGCAGGACCUCUUCGAAGCUAUCCAGAAGGGUGACUAUCCCACCUGGACCGUCUACGUCCAGGUCCUCACGCCCGAGCAGGCCGAGAAGUUCCGUUGGAAUAUCUUCGACCUGACCAAGGUUUGGCCGCAGAAGGAGGUUCCGCUGAGGCCUAUCGGCAAGCUCACCCUCAACAAGAACGUCGAGAACUACUUCGCCGAGAUCGAGCAGGUUGCCUUCUCACCUUCUCACCUGGUCCCCGGCGUGGAGCCUUCGGCAGACCCCGUCCUGCAGUCGCGCCUGUUCUCAUAUCCUGACACCCACCGCCACCGUCUGGGCACAAACUACCAGCAGAUUCCGGUCAACGCCCCGCUGCAUCCCUUCAACCCAUUCCAGCGAGACGGUGCUAUGGCCGUCAACGGCAACUACGGUGCCAACCCCAGCUACCCCAGCUCUUACAGGAAACUCACCUACACGCCCGCCCCUCCCGUGAACACGCACGACCAGUGGUCGGGCGCCGCGGUCCACGCGCUCUUCCAGGAGGUCAACGACGACGACUACGUCCAGGCCAAGGGGCUCUGGGACGUGCUCGGCCGAACCCCGGGCCAGCAAGACAACUUUGUUGGCAACGUUGCCGGCCACUUGAGCGCCGCUCAUCAGGACACUCGAAACCGGACAUACGACAUGUUCUCGCGCGUCGAUGCCGCUCUUGGAACGGCCAUCAGGGAACAGACGGAGAAGCAGGUCAAGUAACGGAAGCUGCGCUGUCGGCGACGCGAUGAUGAAUGUGCCAUGAGACGACUCUUGAUAUACUUUUGCAAUCGGUUACCAGAUGGAGAUUAAUUUACCGAGUAACACGUCAGAUAUCUGUUAAGGUUGUGAAUCUUCGUGUCGAUAUUGCGUGGUGAUGUUUGUCCCUCAAUGCCAAAGUGGGGACAAACAGGUUCCAGGUCGUGUUGUCUUGCCUUGCUUUGUGUGCGAAGAAGCCCUUGGGCAUCAAAUAUGCCUGCUUCAUUACGUUGAGACAAGUCGGGCGUGAUAGGGAGGGGCUGGCUGUCCGAGAAGUCGGUUGUGUCAAGACUAACAAACUAGUAACUCAUAGGGGGCCACGCCGCACGGCGAAGGGGGAGCAGGCACACACAAGCAGGACGAGGUCAUUUCACGUGCGGGCCGGGAGUGCGUAGGCAGACGUUUUGAACAGUAUUUGGUGUUCAUAUUAACUAAUAGGGCGACAACUAGAGAAAUAACUUGUUGUGCGUGAAGAGAC